AUGUCUCCAAACAAAGUGGCCACGAUUCGGAAGGACAUCACACAGUGGCUGAAAGACACAAAUCAGUACAAUGAAUUUGUCCAGAAUUUUCAGAGCUGCCACACAAAUGCUGACAGAGUUGCCUGUCUGUACAAACUGCCUAUAACCAAGAACGUUUUAACAGUCCAGGAAAACUUCAAAGGGAAGGACAAAGUGGAAGCAGAUUUGCUACGGGAGAAAGGCAACAAGUUGUUUAAGGCGAAGAACUAUCUGGCAGCUUUGAAUACAUACUCCCAGAGUAUAAUCCUAGCUCCAGACAAUUGUGAUAUCCUGCCCCUGGUGUACAACAACCGAUCCACCAGUAGUUUUUAUUUGAAGCAUUAUGCCCUGUGCUUACAGGACAUUGAGCUAGCUUUCAUGCAUAACUACCCUCCUGCGUCUUGCUACAGACUUUUCGUACGGAAAGGAAAAUGCAUGUAUUAUCUUAACCAUAAAGAGGAGGCUAUCAAAUCGUUUCAGCAAAGUCUUGUUGUUUUGGAGAGGUCAGAGUUAAAUGAAGAAAACAAGAGAAGUACCAUUGCUGAAAUUCAGAGCUUCCUUGAUCUGUGCGAGGAUAUCAGAGCAUCUCCAAGUAGUUUGUCAACCAACAGUUACAACUGUUGCCACAGUGGGAUCCCAGAUUUGAACUCUCCUCCCAGUAAAGAGGUGCCUUGUAUGUCUGAAGAUUUAGAGAUCCGUCUGGAUAGUUAUGGUGGGCGAGGUAUUUUCGCUAAUCGAGACAUUGAUAUUGGAACUGUUCUUAUCAUAGAAACUCCAUUUUCUUCAUUUCUGUUGAAGGAAUUUAACACUACCCAUUGCCACUAUUGUUGUAACCGGGUAUUUUUGCCACUUCCGUGCAGACAAUGCAGUGCUGUUGUAUUCUGUAGUUUGAACUGCCGACAUGCUGCGUGGGUCAAGUUCCACUGGGCAGAGUGCCGAAUUCUGGGAAACAUCCUCGACACACAGGGAGCUUUAAGUUUACUUGCUGCCCGAAUGGUUCUGACUGCUGGUUUGGAUGAACUCGUGAAGUCCAAAGAAACAUGUGAUGAUGGAAAAGUUGAUCGAACAGCAGGAUUUGAUGAUGAUGGAGUUUACAACUCAGAAAAUUAUGCAACCUCAUAUAGUUUAGUUAACCAUGCGGACAAGCGAGAAUUCAACGAUUUAUUUUAUCGAACAAUUUCCGCGUUAUUUUUUCUACAAAAUUUGGAAGUGGUCGGUUAUUUUUCUGAAGGAAUAAAUCCAAAUGUGGCGUUAAAAAACUCAAAUGAGGUCUCAGAACAAGCGUUGAGACUGCGAUAUUUGGUCGGCGGUCACAUCCUGAGAAAUACCAUGAUGCUGCCUUGCAAUGCCCAUGAGGUCUCUGAGUUCUGCCUAAACAUGAAUGACCCGCCAAUGUCGGUCACUCUAGAAAUUGGAGGAGGUGUUUACCCAGUUCUCAGUCUGCUGAAUCACUCAUGUGAUCCAUCUGUGGUCCGGCAUUCCUACGGAAACAUUUGUGUUGUCAGGGCUAUCCGUGGCAUUCGCAAGGGGGAAGAACUCAAGGAUAAUUAUGGUGCCAUGUAUGCUACACAUGAAAUGUCUGCAAGAGUUGAAAAACUAUCGCAGUAUUUCUUUUGCUGUUCGUGCGAAGCCUGCUUGGGUAACUGGCCUCAGUAUUUUGAAAUUCCAAAUGAGAGGCCUGUAUUCCGGUGUGUUCAGUGCGAUGGGCAGGUACCCAUUCCAGCAGGAAACCAAACUGAACUUGCCAGAUGUACAAGCUGUAAUGUGGUGCAGGAUAUUACAUUAACAGUUCUCCAGAUGAGGGACAUGGAAGGUGCUUACAAAGAUGCUCUGACAGCUGUUGUCAACGGAAGCAGCAGCAAUGCCCAUAUGAGUGUUUUGUUGAAUUACUUGAGGUUUGUAGACAAACAUGUCCACCGUCCAUUCAGAGAUAUCAACGAUUGCCAGGAGGCUAUCAAACAAGUUCUCAAUAUACAUGCAAACUGUUUUCCUGGCCAGCUGUAA